ACUAGAGACAGAGAGGAGGUCGCUAUAGUACUUUUUUUUUUAAGAAAAAAAAAGUUAUUAAGUCUCGCAGGAGAACCGAAUCAGUGAGUGUAGUUUUCAUGGCAGCCAACUGCUAACUCGUAGAUAACUAUUCGUUGAUAUGAAAGAGUCAAACAACUCGGAAAAAAACAUUUAACUCGGGCUCGCUGGAUUCUGCAUGGUCCCUAGCUAGCUAACAGUUAGCUGCGGGAGCUACUUGGCUAGGUGGCUAGCGAGGUCCAGCCCGAAAUUUGUUUACCUCGAGUUGUGGAUGUGGUCAUCCCCUGUACUUUUCACGACUUUUUUUCUGGGAUAAGCAAGCCAGGACCAAGAAUCCACACUGGAUUUAACACUGUGCGCUGUUAGGGAAUUAGCAGGAUGUCCACUGAGGUUGAGUGUAGUCAGGUUGACUCAGGUUUGACAGCGGCCAGCACCAGCGGAGUGCAGGAGAAGAACCAAAACAAGUCAGAAGGGGCUCAUCUGCACAAAGAAGAAGAUCAGGGGCUGAAAGGCUUGGAAAAACAGCUAGAUGGCCACAAAUCCGAGUCAGCCAGGAGCCCGACAGACACGCACAAGAAAUGCAAAGAGAAUGAUAAAGAAAACGACCAAAGCAGCAACGCUGACUCGGCUGUUGAGACGGUGAAGAAAAAAGUUGUUGAAGCUCCGCCACCGAAAGUCAACCCGUGGACGAAGAGGACCACGGGCAGAGUCCCGGUUAAUAAUAUCACUUCUAGUUCCCAAGAGAAAGUGUCUGCAGAUCAACAAAAUGCUCUGAAAGUUGUCCGAGCCAGCAAGCCAAGACCAAGAAAACCCAGCAAGUCGGGCGACUUCAGCGAUAUCACAAACUGGCCCACACCUGGAGAACUGGCCAAAGAGCAGCAACAAAAUGUCGUCAACAACAACGGAAAGAAGCCUCCUUCCCGCAGAGAGAGGGACAAAAGACGAGAGCGGCCGGAGAGGAAAUCGGAGAGCAGCCACGACGGAGGCGAGAGCAAAGAGAACCAGGAGGCUCAUCUGGAGCCGCUGGGGGAGCUGCCCAAAGACGGAGAGUCGAAAGCGGGACAGGACGCCAAGAGCGCCGGCCUGAAGAAGAGGGGAGGUGAGGACUCUUUUUUUGUGUUUUGCACCAACAAGUCUUCAAGCUCUCUUUUCGGUGUGCAAUCACGGCUAGGAAACAAACGUAAGUGGGUUUCUCUGCCACUGGAAGAUGCGUCCCGGGACGGUGCCGACAAGACAUCCAGCGGGGGCCCGACUCGCUCGGACGCAGAGCCCUUCAGCGCCUCACCCGACCCCACGUCACCCAAUCAAACGCUCCACAAUAACAGAGCGCAUGAUAGCAGCCGGACGACAGGUUGGAGAGCAGAGCCGCGGGAUCAUGGCGAUGACGCAGCCAGCGUCCGAAGCGACGGUGGGAGCAUCCGUGGAGGAAUGCGAGGCCGAGGGAAAGGACGUGGACGUGGGAGAGGACGUGGACGAGGUCGCUAUGAAUACUCUCUGAACUACCGAGACGCUCAGUCAUCAGACGGCUCUGUUCCGGUCCCCUCUGAGUUCGGUACCAACAUGGUUUACUACUACGAUGAUGGCAGCAAGGUCCAGAUGUACACAGUGGAUGAAAAGCUUCUUAAGGAGUACAUCAAACGGCAAAUCGAGUAUUACUUCAGCAUCCACAACUUGGAGCGAGACUUCUUCCUGAGGAGAAAAAUGGACGUGCAAGGCUUCCUCCCCAUCUCCCUCAUCGCCAGCUUCCACAGAGUUCAGGCUCUUACCACUGACAUCACCCUCAUCAUGAAGGCUCUGAAAAGCAGCACAGAGGUGGAGCUGGUGGACGACAAGAUUCGCUGUAAAACGGAGCCGGAGCGCUGGCCCAUCCCCGUUCCUCACAUCGUCGGUUCCCCUCGCACCGACUUCUCCCAGCUCAUUAAUUGUCCCGAGUUUGUUCCUCGUCAGAACCUCAGCUCUACAAACUCUGCUUCAUCGCCUGCGACGGAGGCUCCUCUUGAGACAGCACAGCCUCAGAACUCAGCUGAACCCACCUCCUCCAGCCAGGAGUCCCUCCCAGCCACAGCCGAUUUAAAAGAUGCACCUGCCCCCAAGCCUGACCCCGACAACUGGAUCCAGGUGGAGAAACGCCACCGACAGGCAUCCGGAAAGGCAAAGGGCGACAGCAAGCCGCCUCUUCCUAGCCACCAGGCUCCCCCACAGGCCGAACCUGACCAGGAGGAGCUGGACUUCAUGUUUGAUGAGGAGAUGGAGCAGAUGGCGCCCAGGAAGAACAAGUUCACAGACUGGUCAGACUCGGAUGACUCGGACUACGAACUGGACGACCAAGACGUCAACAAGAUCCUCAUCGUCACCCAGACUCCUCCCUACCUUCGUAAGCAUCCUGGUGGGGACCGAACAGGCAACCACGAGUCCCGAGCCAAGAUCACGGCCGACCUGGCCAAAGCCAUCAAUGACGGGCUGUACUACUACGAACAGGACCUGUGGAAGGGAGAGGAACCCACCGAGUGCAGCAAGCAGGACGUGGAAAACUUCAAGAAGCUGAAUGUCAUCAGUAAAGAUGAGUUUGACACCCUCACCCCUAAAGUCCCUGUUGACCCGAACCAGGAAGUUCCACCACCUCCCAUGCCAGUGGACAGCGGAGCAGAACUGGCUCGCUCUCUACCUACUACAGUCCCAGAGUCACCCAGCUCCCAUCAACCCAGAACCCCCAGAACUCCUCGCACCCCCGGACGCCAGGACCCCAACAAGACCCCACGUUUCUACCCAGUCAUGAAGGAGAGUGCCACCGUCGAUGGGCAGAUGCCAAGAAAGAAGAAGACCCGCCACAGUUCGAACCCCCCUCACGAGGCCCACAUCGGCUGGGUGAUGGACUCCCGUGAACACCGACCUCGCUCUGCUUCCAUCAGCAGCUCCAAUGCCUCCCCAUCAGAAGGAGCGCCGCUGUCAGGAAGCUACGGCUGCACCCCCCAGUCUCUGCCCAAAUUCUGGCAUCCAUCCCACGAACUGCUGAGGGACAACGGCUUCACUCAGCAGGGAUAUCACAAGUACCGCAGACGGUGCCUCAACGAGAGGAAACGGUUGGGGAUCGGCCAGUCUCAGGAGAUGAACACUCUGUUCAGGUUCUGGUCCUUCUUCCUCAGGGACAACUUCAACAGGAAGAUGUACGAGGAGUUCAAACUGUUUGCGCAGGAAGACGCCAAAGACAAUUACAGGUACGGACUGGAGUGUCUCUUCCGAUACUACAGCUACGGUUUGGAGAAGAGAUUCAGGUUAGAUCUCUUCAAAGACUUUCAAGAGGAGACCCUCAAAGACUUUGAGAAAGGUCAGCUGUAUGGACUGGAGAAGUUCUGGGCCUUCCUGAAAUAUUCGAAGAUGAAGAACCAGCCCAUCGACCCAAAGCUGCAGGAGCACCUCUCCCAGUUCAAGAACCUGGAGGACUUCAGGGUGGUGCCACCGAUGGGGGAGGAGGGCGGCAGGAGGAGGUGUCAUUCGUCCUCGGCCGGGGAUGAAGGGAGGCGUCGGCGACAUCCUUCCAACACUACCUCAAAGCCCACACAGGCCUCCAAAUCCUCCAACCUGGCCCCCUCCGCCUCACAGACCACGCCCAAAGACAACGCCCAAAAAACGGCAGCAGCGCCGCCCGCCCACGGGAAGAAAGACGCCAGAGCGGCGAAGAAGGGGAAUCCCGCACCAAAUAAAUGAAGCUCCCUCCCGGUGCGGGGUUGAAUCAGCAGCAGGGUGAAGCGGCGGCCCCGGCUCUCCGCUCAGCGUCGACUCUUUUCAGAACAAACUGUGAACGAGGAGAGACUGAGCGUUGGUUGACUUCAUUUGAUUGUUUUUAUCAGUGCAUUUCAUUUAAAAGCAAGCAAGCAUAGGCAGUGAGCUUGAAUCUGUUCGCCUGACAGCUCGUAGCGUUUACAAAGAAAACAAAAAAAUGAAAUGCAUUCCCUGCAUUUUGCCUUUUCCUCUCUCAGAUGCCAAAACUCUUCAAAUUGAUCGCUGCAAACUGCUCUGAUCGGUGGAGCUGUUGAACUGUGAUUCUAGUCUGCCAAGAUAAAAGAUGCGGCAGAUAAGUCUCAUGUGCCUUAAUCUUAUUCACCAUGACGACAGGAGUGUGCUCAGCCACCAAAACUGUCCAAAUCCUGCUUUUUAAGGUCUUCCUAAUUAAUUAUUUGGGGUUUAAUGGUGUUGAAAAGCGAUACUGCCUGUUUUUCUUUUUGUUUUUUUGUUUUU